UUCUUUUUACCAUACAUGUGGUAUUGCUUCUGCUCUCGUUUCAAUAGAUUUAUGUCUAAGAGGUACAGGAAUAAGGACCUCAGAGAAAAUUAUUGCCGUAACCCAGACAACUCCACGGAUGGUCCAUGGUGCUUCACCACUGACCCCAGGCCACACCUCAGACACCAGGAGUGUGGCAUUCCACUAUGUUCGCAGGUUGAAUGUAUUACCUGUAAUGGGGAAGAUUACAGAGGACCGAUGGACUAUACAGAAAGUGGAAAAGAAUGUCAACGUUGGGACCUGAAUGAACCACACAAGCAUACGUACCACCCCAAAAGGUUCCCUGACAAAGGCUUACAUGAUAACUACUGUAGGAACCCUGAUGGACGACACAGACCCUGGUGCUUUACCACAGACCCAAACACGCCAUGGGAGUACUGCAACAUCAAAGUCUGUGAAACACCACAUAAAAGUCCUGCGUUAGAGACAACCGAGUGUUACGAGAGCAGAGGAGAGGGUUACAGAGGCACAGCAGACAUGACACCCAGUGGACUCGCCUGCCAACGCUGGGAUUCUCAGUAUCCCCAUAAUCACACAUUCUUACCUGAAGUCUACCCUUGCAAGGACUUGAGAGAGAACUAUUGUCGGAAUCCAGAUGGUCAAGAAUCCCCCUGGUGCUUCACUACAGACCCAAGAGUACGCAGAAUGUUCUGCUCCCAAAUCCCUCAGUGUGGCACCCAGAACACUCUUGUCAGUGACUGCUUCAUGGGCUUUGGAGAAAAUUACCAAGGAGAGCAGUCAAGGACUAGAUCAAACCUGCCCUGUGCUCCCUGGAGAGAUCACAGCAACAGUGGAGAGCGAGGCAUGCUAUUGUCUGGUCUGGAAGGGAGCUACUGCAGAAAUCCUGAUAAGGAUAAACAUGGUCCUUGGUGUUUCACCAACAAUUCUGCCAUUAGAUGGGACUACUGCAACGUAAAACCUUGCAAUGUCUUACAGAACACCAUUCCAGCAGUAUUUGUGGUUGAGCCAACCCCUGUGAGGUGUUUUGUCCAUAAAAGACCCAGGAUUGUGGGUGGGGCUCCGGUUGGAAUAUCAGACGGCAGCUGGAUGGUUAGCAUUCAGAAAGGAUCUGUGCACUGGUGUGGUGGUUCACUUAUACGAGACGAGUGGGUUCUUACUGACAGACAAUGCUUCUCUUCCUGCGUUCCAGAUCUCAGUGAGUACAGGGUGUGGUUGGGACUGUCUGAUCUUCGAGAAGGAUCCCCUGACAGAUCUAAAAGACAAGAAGUCAGAAUAGCUCAAGUGAUAUGUGGUCCCAGCGGAUCGAGCUUAGCCCUCCUGAGGCUCUCAAAACCUGCCCGUCCUGCUGACAAUGUCCACACAAUACAGCUGCCUUUGGCUGGAUGCUCUAUCCCUGAAGGAACGAUGUGUAAAAUGUAUGGAUGGGGAGAGACAAAAGGUACUGGCCAUGAAGAUAUCCUAAAGGCAGUCGAAUUGCCCAUUGUUGGAAAUAAUAGGUGCAGAGAAAUGCAUAGAGGAAACUUCCAUAUCACCGACACCAAGAUCUGUGCAGGAGGAAAAAGGAAUGAAGGAGUAUGUGAGAGGGAUUAUGGAGGCCCGCUUGUGUGUCAGGAUGGAGAUCUCAGAGUUAUUGUUGGCAUCAGUGUCCAUGGCAGAGGCUGUGCUCGAGCUAACCAGCCUGGCAUAUUUGUAAAUGUGCCCUUUUACACUCAGUGGAUUUACAAAGUCUUCCGAUAUUACCCGAACCCUGAGAUCGCUUAGAAACUAGAAUAAAACAAACUACCAGGGAACAUUGCUUCAUUACCUCCAGCCGUGCACUCGGGACAUCUGGUUCCUGUGACUCGGACACCUGCUGGGUCUGCAGCUGAAGAUGAAUGUCUGAGGAAGCAUUUACAGUAUGAUGUCAAAUUCAAAAUCUUUAGCAAAUACCAUACUGAUAGUACUGCGGAAGUCGCUGAUGGUCCAUUGCAAAGAGGAAAAUGUGUUAAAUAUGAAUCUGGGUAGAAGCAGAAACAUAAACAGAGGUGUGAUAAAGUAUGUGAACCCUAAAUCUGUUUCAAUUAUUGGAACAACUAUUAACUUGACAAAGAUAAUCAAAUCAAUACAAAAGAACAAUUUUAAAAUAAUUCAUUUAUUAAAGGAAGAACAUACUCUGACAAACCUGAGCCUUGGUAGAAAGGUUAUUGCUGGCUGUUUUUCUGGUUAAUGUAUGAAUUAACUUUGAUUACCCACAUCUAAAAGUUAAAUUGCACUAGCCACACCAGGUAUGAUUUUUUGGCAGACCUGAAGAAUCAAGAAACAGAUACGGAGAUAUCAUAAAAGACAACCCAACAUCCCCUGACCUAAAGUAAUUCAGGAACUGAUGAGGAAUCAAUAAAACAAUGAUAUAUCUCAGUUAAUGCUCUAAAGUUCCACAAAGUUAUUUCUUAAAGUUGGGGUUCUCAGCAGACCACAGUAAGGGUAAUUUUUUCACAAUUGCCAAGAUAUUUCUAAAGGUUGACUUUUAAUUGCAGGGGCCAGAAGAUCUAAAUUUCUAGGAGUGCAUAACCAGGUUACCAAAGAACCUAGAACAACACAUAAGUAAUAUAGGCCUCAACACUUGACUCAACUAUAGAAUGGUAAACCUAAAGCAUCAUUGAUGUGUAAGGGUUAAAAAAAAAAGAAAAUCAUUUUGAAAAACACUUAUAUUACCUGGGACUGCAUACCAAAACCAGGACAAUAGAUUUCUGUAGUUAAUAAAAAACAAUCAAUUUUAGCAGAAGGCUCUGAAACAGUGCCAUCCAUUGUUUUGUGCCCUCAGCAUCUAUGUUGUAGAGUGACCUAUGAUGCUAUGUUUUGACCUAAUUAGUGAGGGCACUAUUUAUUUCAGGCCAUGCUAGCGUUUAUGAAUAUUUCCUUAAUAAAUAGAACUGUCUAUUUAAAGUAUUCUUUGUGCCUGGUCAAAUUUUCAUUAACUGAUACAAAGAUGUGUUGAAAAAAGCAAAGAUGGAGGUGAUCUGUCGAUUUUCACUGAAUUUCCACCUGUCCACUGUAGAAGUGUGUUUGUGAAUUCUCAAAUCCUGGUAUUACUUGAAUAAAUUUAAGACCAAAUGCUGGGCCAAUUAAAAUAAUAUCCAGUGGUAGAGCAUGUUUAAGGACACUCCAUAUGCUUCCUAAGGGCUUAAGUAAAUAGGUCCUUUAUGUAAAUAGUUUUUAAAAAAGUGCAUUUGUGACACUCUCAAUGUAAUUUAGGUCUUAUAGAUCUACAAAAUGAGAACAUUAAUUUUGUGGCAAGCAGUUAUAAGGAACAGUAAUGAAAGUGCUUUUUUACAGAAAAUUCUUCCUGUCGUGUUUCUGACUAAUAAUCUUGUCAAUUCUGCAUUGUAAUCACAGCGCCUUGGAAUGUAUAUAUGUGGCGCUCUGUGCACGAAUAAAAGAAGUGCCCAGCCUUUUAACUUAAAUUACCAUUUAUAUGUAUGCUUAUGCUUAUGCAUUCUGCAUAAUUUUUAACAGUUCAGGUCUGCUCCUUUAUGGUUGUUGCCGGUUUGUCUAUUUCUUCAUUAGUAAAUGAGCAAAAGAACAUGUCAUCAAGACAGGUGAACGGUCUCUUAAUUGAACAUGAUAUACAUUCAUGGAGAAAAUCUAUGUUUUACAUGGACUGCAUCCUGAGAAAAUCAUUAAUUACCGGUACCCUUUUUUUGCUCAUUAUAGGUUAUAUAUCUUAGAGCAAGAAAUAAAAAAACAAAACAAGGGUGGUUUAAUAUUUUCUUUUUCAUGACUCAAUUAAUGAAACACUGAAUGCUGUUUUCAAGCCUUUGUGUCUGUUAAUUUUUUACCGAAACAAUUUGGUAAAAAAUUGACAUGACAUUUAACAUCACUGUAUUAGAUUACAAAAGAGAAAGAUUUACUACAGAGAUGUGGGCUUGAUUAAGAGCAUGCUUCAUACCUCCUUAAACGUUAUUAACAAAAAAUUGUUUUUCUUAAACGUACAAUCCAAUUUAUUUAAUAUGAUUUAUAAUUGGAUUAAUCUUUAUCUCUGGAUUGUAGUGUGGAUGAGGAGUACUACUGAAGUACAUCUGUUUAUACAGUACAUCU